AUGAAGACUGCCACCUUUGCUCUCGCCUGCGCCGCCUCGGUGUCGGCUCACUACGGUGACGUCUCUUCGAUCUUUGACUCAUGGAGUGCUGGUACCGUCAGCUAUGCUCCGAGCACGGCCCCUACCACUACUGCUACCGGUGGACCCGAUAAGGGCGACGGGGGACAGUGGACAACAAGCACCGUCUACACCACGGCAGUUCAUACUAUUACCAGCUGUCCGCCUGCUGUUACCUUAUGCCCGGCCCAUAGCACCGUGGUCACCACCGUCACCAUUCCGGUCAGCACCACUGUCUGCCCUGUAAGCUCCGGAGCUCCGCCACCACCGCCUCCUCCAGCUUCUUCCGGCUCUCCUCCUCCUCCACCGCAGUCUUCGAUUCCUCCUGCAUCGUCUGGUGGUCCCUCGGCACCUCCUCCGCCGCCACCUUCACCCCCGGCCUCAUCAGGUGCUCCUUCUGCUCCUCCUGCAUCGUCUGGUGCUCCCCCGGCACCUCCCGCUUCAUCUGGUGCUCCUCCCGCACCUCCCGCGUCAUCCGGAUCUCCUUCGCCUCCUCCUCCGCCGCAUCCACCCGCCAGUACCGGAGCUCCUCCAGCUCCUCCUGCCUCCACUCCACCCUCGCCUAGCAAUCCAGCCAGCUCCGCUGCUCCGCCGCCACCUCACAAUUCCGGCCCGUCUGCCACUGAGCCCACAGGCUCUGGCUCCAGCUCUGGCGGCGGCGGCGGCGGCGGCGGCGGACCCCCGACCGCUACCACCAGCCCUGGCCCUGUCGUCACUGCCGGCGCGUCAGUUGAGCGCGCCCAUCACGCUGGCGGUGCCUUGGCUGUUCUUGCUGCCCUUAUUGCCCUUCUUUAG